AAAGUUACAGACGUUUCCGUAGUAACGGGUUCUGAACACUGGACACUGGAGAUGGUAAUGACUCAACCCCGCAGACACAUGACUUUGGAUGCUGAAGAUAAAAACAGUGGAGUGAGACAAAGAGUGGGAGACGAUUGAAGACAGACAGAGAGAGACAGACGGACAGAGGACAGUCAGACAGACAGACAGACGGACAGACAGAGGAACAGACAGCUGCUGACAUGAGCAAAAAACUGUCAUUUUUUGAAUUUUGGAGGAGUAAGAAGGAGAGAGGAGCGAUUCUGGAGAGAACCAAUCAGCUGAGACUUUUACCUUCUCAACAGAAACGGUUGCUAGAAGACAGCGCAGUCCGGGCAGCGCUGCAGAAUGUGCAGACGGUGUCUCUGCUGCCUCCUGUUGGUACAGAGGUCUUCAGACGCUUCACACCGGCCGCACUGGAGGUGAUCCAACAACGACAGGAAGCAGAGAAGAAAGAGCGAGAGAAGCGGAAGAAGAACAAAGAGGAAGCACAGAAAGACUGGCUCAAACCAGCCAGAGACCUAGAGGCUGGGAAGCUCCUCCCAUUCAUCUAUGGGGACCCACCCCCUGACCUUCUCAACACCCCAUUGGAGGAGCUGGAUCCCUUCUACCAAUCACAGAAGCACCUCUGAUGCCCAGGUCUGUCCGGAAGGUUACUCCUGUCUGAAGGCCGGGAGUAACCCGGACUAUGGCUACAGCAGCUACGACUCAAUUGGUUGGUCUCUGCUGGCUCUCUUCAGACUGAUGACUCGGGACUGGGAAGACCUGGUCCUGAAGACGUUACAAGCAGCAGGUAAGAGCUCUCUGGCAUUCUUCAUUCUCCUCUCGUUCCCUGCCUGUUUCUGCAUCCUCAGCCUCUUUGUGGCGGUGGUUGCCAUGGCAACCGGUGAGCAGGAGGAGGCUGCUGCUGCCGAUGCCAGACAGAAAGAAGAAGAGUUGGGUCAGAUUGUGGAGGCGCUGAGGAGGAGAGAGGGAGAGGAGCAGGCAACCUGUGGGGCGGCGCUCUCUGAGGACCACAAUCACACUGAAGGUACACAGAAGUCCUGUUCUCCCUGCUGGGGGAUCUUCGUAGACCUCUUCCUGAAGUGUGACUGUUGUGGCUGCUGGCGGGGGCUCAAGCGGUGUCUCUACACUAUCGUCAUGAACCCGUUCUUCGACCUUGGGAUCGUUAUCUGUCUUGUCCUUAACACCGUCGUCACGGCAAUGGAACAUUUCCCAAUGGCGAUGGAGUUUGAGCUGCAGCUGUCUGUCGCUCAACUGGUCUUCACUGCCAUCUUCACAGCUGAGCUGGUCCUUAGACUCGUGGCCAUGGACCCGUAUGGUUUCUUCCAGGUGGGCUGGAAUAUCUUUGACAGCAUCAUCGUCGCCCUCAAUCUGCUGUAUCUGUCUGUGGAGAAUUUCUCAAGCUACUUCUUGUUGAUGCGGGUCUUCAGACUGGCCCGGUGGUGGCCCUCCUUCCAUUUGAUGCUGAAGACCAUCUGGACCACUGUCCGGGCUCUAAGGAACCCGACUAUCCUGCUUGUGAUCAUGGUCUUUGUGUUCUCCAUGGUUGGCAUGCAAGUCUUCCAGAAGGACUACAAAGACCACGUCCAAAUCUGUCUUAUUGCAGCGGACUGUCAGCUUCCUCGUUGGCACCUGAACGACUUCUUCAACUCCUUCCUCAUCAUCGUCAAGGUCCUGUGUGGGGACUGGAUCGAGACCAUGUGGAAUUGCAUGGAGGUCUCAAGUCAGACCACGUGUCUGGUCUUCUUCAUAAUGGUCCUGGUCAUCGGAAACCUGCUGGUCCUGAAUUUGUUUGUGGUCUUGUUGCUGACCUCGUUAAGUGAUAGUCUAGAGGCCCCAGGAGAAACCAAGAACAACCUGCAGACCGCCAUGAGCCGGAUCAACAAAAGCUGGAUCCUGGACCAUUUCUGGACUGUUCUGGGAAGGAAGAACCAUGUCAACCCAGACCACACAGUGGUCAACGGUCAGGAGGACAACAGGAAGGACUACCUGGCUUUGACCUGUGUGACUUCAGAGGUCAGUGGUAACCAUGGCAACCAGAUCAGCAACACCGGACCCGGGAAGGUCCCCAUCACCACGACCGAGAUCCAGAUCGAAUCCAAGACACCUGAAAAUGAAGAGAAAAGGUGUGACAACGUGCAGAAACAUCCUGAAGUCCAGCAGGAUGAACACGAUGAAGAUGAUAAAGGAAACACCCCUGAGGACUGCUGCAGUGACAAGUGUUACCAAUGCUGUCCGUUCCUGAACAUAGACAUGUCUCAGGGCGGAGGGAGGAUCUGGUCUAACUUCAGGAAAGCCUGUUUCUUCAUCAUACAACACAAAUACUUUAACAUCUUCAUCAUCCUCAUCAUCCUGCUAAGCAGUGCAUUUCUGGCGUUUGAAGACGUUUAUCUGCCGCAUCGUCUGGUCUUAAAGAGGGUCGUGGAGACAGCAGACCAGCUGUUCACCUACCUGUUCCUGCUGGAGAUGCUUCUCAAGUGGACUGCCUUAGGACUCAAGAAGUACUUCAGUGAUGCCUGGUGCUGGCUUGACUUCCUCAUCUUGGACGUGUGGAGUCUCAGCCGGUCUACGACUCCAACCGGUACAGGAUUCUUUACUUCAUCUCUUUUUUCAUCAUCGGUUCCUUCUUCACCUUCAAUUACUUCAUCAGAGUCAUUGUCAACAACCUGCUGAAAGAGAAGAUUGGACAGAAACACAUUUUCAUGACAGAAGAGCAGCAGAAAUAUUCUAAAACUAUAAAGAAUCUGUUCUCCAAGAAAUCUUCUGUUCCCCGUCCUCAGAAUCAGUGCCAGGCUCUGCUCUUUGACCUGGUGACCCGGCCGUGUUUUGAGGUGGUCAUGGUGGUGUUGAUCUGCCUGAACAUCGUGGCGCUCAUGGUGGAAACGGAUGAGCAGAGCGUGCAGAAAAAUGAGAUCCUGUACUGGAUCCAGUUCGUGUUCUUAAUCAUCUUCUUUAUUGAGUUCAUUCUAAAGAUCAUCGCACUCAGACGGUACUACUUCAGCGACUGCCGUAACGUCAUCGACUUUGUGAUUCUCAUCGUGUUAAUCAUGAGCUUAUUCUUCGCUGACAUAUUCGAAUAUUAUAUUUUUUCGCCCCUUCUCUUACCUGUUCUCCGAUUGGCUCGUAUUGGUCGGAUCCUCCAUCUCAUUCCCUGUGCUACGGGUAUCCAGAAGCUGUUUUUGGCCUUUAUGAUGUCACUUCCUGCUCUCGUCAACAUUGCCCUCCUUAUCUUACUCAUCAUGUUCACCUUUUCCAUCUUUGGCAUGUUUAACUUUGCCUAUGUGAAGAAGGAGCACAUGAUCAACCAAAUGUUUAACUUCCAAACAUUUGGGAACAGCAUGAUCUGUUUGUUUAUGACCUCUGCUGGUCUGUUGAGUCCCGUCAUGAGCAUUCCCAGAGACUGUGACCCUGACAUGGAGAACCCGGGAUCCACGGUCAGAGGGGACUGUGGCAGCCCUGUGGUGGGCAUCGUCUUCCUCACCACCUACAUCUGCUUGUCCUUCCUGCUAGUGGUCCACCUGUACAUCGCCGUCAUCAUGGCGACCUUCAACUCAAAGGACGCCGAGGCACUGUGCGACGACGAACUCCAGAUGUUUUAUAAAACCUGGAGCAGGUUCGACCCUGAUGCCUCCCAGUUCAUCCAGUACAGGUGGUGGAUGAUUCAGGACAGAUGGACUCUCUCAAAACCAGAAUGGAGGAAAAGUUCAUCGCCAACUCGUCCAAGGUGUCCUAUGAACCAAUCAGCAGCACCCUGCGGAGGAAACAGGAAGAGGUGGCGGCAACGGUGAUCCAGAGAGCUUACAGGAAGGGCCUCCUGCAGCACAGAGACACCACGGGGACGGUGGUGGAGUCUGUGAAUGGUGGCGGCGCUGUUUCAGGCUCCUUCCACCCAGAGUGAGGUUUUCCUUUACGACUUCCUGCCAGAUGAGAACCUGAGGGAGUCUAUUAUCUGAUGGCGUGUUUCUACUUGGCACUGAGGGGACUCACCUGUGGAUGGACAGAGUCCGCUGCACAUCGCUCUUCUUCUGGCUUUGAACAUUUUAUUAUCUUUGUUCACCAAAAUGUUCCAAAAAAAUGUUAUAUAAGUACUAAUGCAGUUUAUUAUUAACACUUAUAUACCAAAAGCUCCAUUUCAAGAGUCUCUUAUCAGAUCAGAUUUCAGUUAUUCUCAGUCCAAAAGGGGUGCUGACUCCUUCCUGGAUGUAUUUACACUCAGCUGUUUAGAGAUCAGAUAUCUGAUCAACGAAAGAUGCACAGGGGCGGAUCUAGAGGAAUAUUGAUGGGGUAUCCAAAGGGUGUCAGAAAUAUAUCCUGAUUUAAUUUCAAACAAUCACAUUUAUCAGGAUCUGCUUGGAAAAAGGAAGAUAAGUGAACUUACAAACAUUCUGGUGGCACAUUGAAUAGUGAUGUCUAAAGGUGACAUUAGAGAUCAAUCUAUUAAUCAUAAUCAAUUCUUUUAUGUCUUUUAUCAUUGAAUUUAAGGGGUUCCACCCCUCUAAAGCUGUUUGGUCCCAUGAAGUCUGCUAACGGCUCUGAGAGAUAAACUGCUAAUGUGGCCAAUAACAACCCAAGGACAAAACUGUUUCAUUUGUUAGACAAAGUUUGUAAAACAGCAGCGAAUAAAAACUCACGUCAGUCAGCAGCGCUACUAACGCACAAUAUUCCAACUAAUAUUAUUAAUACUAACUGUAUUAUGGAAAUAUUACGACUUUAUUCUGAAAAUAUUAUCACUUAACAUCACUUUUAACUGCAAUAUAGAAAUUAACAUUAGCAUUAAAAGAGAGACUGGAUAACACGCACCCUUCCAAUCUGGCAGGCUAUUUAAACUGCACAAUUUCCCAGCUCUCCUGCUCUGUCAGUGUGUUAUUGCCCUGCAUCUGGUAUUGCUGCUGCUCAUUCAUCCCCAAUAUCUCUAUGGAAACAUAUCGGGGAGUGAUGAGGUCGGAGCCCCGAUGCCAAAAUCUAAAUAUGCUAUACUGCUGUAAGAAACAUUUUGUGAGUUGGUUGACUGAACUACUUUUAUUGAUUAUCAGGAAAGUCUAAAAUACCAUUAACCUGAAAAUACCUGAAACAGGACUUCCUGUCCCUGUUGGACCGAAACUGGAGGAGACUGAUGUUAAUGCUCAUGCUUUUUAUUGUAUUUUGUUGUUAUUGAUGCUGUUUUAAUGAAAAUUAAUAAAUUAAACUAAAUCAAUAAUAAAUAAAAAGUUGCAUACA